AUGUAGAUAUUUUUCUGAAAAUUCAUGCAAUGUUGCUCUUGAAGGAAAAACUACUUUGAGGAAAACAUUAAAGUUUUACUUUUUGGGGAAAAAACGAGAAUAAAAAGAUUUGAAUUAUGAUUAUAUUCAUUUAUUCAAAAAUAAGUCUUGAGUCUAUAAAAUACCGGUAAUUUCUUGGAAAAAAAGGUCAACUAGAAGUUUUAUUCAAAACAUAGUGUGCAUUGCUUUCAGUUGGACAUUCCUUUUAUGGGGUUUAUUGCAUCAGAAUUAUAUUUAUCUGUAGCAUAGAAAAAUAAAAACAGCUGAGUAAUGAGGGAUACUGGAUGUUUUGCUGAAAUGGGAGGUAUAUUUGCAUACCUCAACUACCUGGUACCUGCUACAAGGAAAGAGAUCCUAGAGAUCCUCAUUACAGGCUUGAAGCGUAUGGAAUACAGGGGCUACGACUCUGCAGGUGUAGCAUUUGAUUCCUCUGAGUGCAGUGACAAAAAAUGUACGUUAAAAACAGUGAAGAAAAGGGGCAAAGUAGCCAGUCUAGAGGGAGAACUACAAAAAGAGAAUGGUAUAUCUGGCACAAAAGCAUAUGAUAUACACUGUGGUAUAGCGCACACAAGAUGGGCCACUCACGGUGAACCUAGUGAGUUGAACUGUCACCCACAGAGAUCCGAUGAAAAUAAUGAGUUCUUGGUGGUUCACAAUGGUAUCAUUACCAACUACAAGGACAUUAAAUCCCUUUUGGAAAACAAAGGUUUUGUGUUUGAAUCUGAAACGGACACAGAGGUUAUUGCAAAGUUGGCUAAGCAUGUGUACGACACAUAUGUCCAUGAUGGGACAUUCAGACAGGUUGUCGAAAUAGUUAUACAACAACUGGAAGGAGCCUUCGCCCUCGCCUUCAUGAGCUCACAUUUUCCCGGGGAAUGUGUGGCAACAAGACGUGGAAGCCCAUUGGUGAUUGGUGUAAAAACAAAAAGCAAGCUGUCAACAGACCAUAUACCAGUGUUUUACAGUAAAGACCAUGCUACCAGUGGGAGUCGAGAGAGUAAUUCUGUUUAUUGUAUUGAUAACCGUGGGUUCAUGACGGCGCCAACAGCUCAAAGAUCUUUCUCGGAAACUGAAUAUCAUACUGUCGGGCCAGAAAAGGAGGUCGAGUAUUUCUUUGCAUCCGAUGCCAGUGCAAUAAUUGAACAUACCAACCAGGUGAUAUUUCUUGAGGAUGAUGAUGUAGCCGCAGUUACAAAGGGUAGCCUUACCUUGCACCGGAUCAAGCGGAACCAGCUUGAUGAGUCGAGUGUUCGAGAGGUGAUCACACUUAAGAUGGAACUUCAACAGAUCAUGAAAGGUAACUACAGCUCCUUCAUGCAAAAGGAAAUCUUUGAACAACCAGAGUCUGUUGUUAACACAAUGAGAGGGCGCGUCAAUUUUGAGGAGAAUACAGUCACCCUCGGUGGACUCAAGGAGUUCAUGAGCGAAAUAAAGCGGUGUAGAAGACUUUUGUUCAUAGCUUGUGGAACCAGUUAUCAUAGCACAGUAGCAACUCGGCAGCUGCUUGAGGAGCUCACAGAAUUACCUGUGAUGGUGGAGUUAGCAAGUGACUUUCUGGACAGAAAUACACCUGUCUUCAGAGAUGAUGUCUGCUUCUUUAUAAGCCAGUCAGGUGAAACUGCGGACACAUUAAUGGCCUUAAAUUACUGUAAAAGUCGUGGAGCCCUCAUUGUGGGUAUCACUAACACAGUAGGCAGCAGUAUAUGUAGAGGCUCUCACUGUGGUGUUCACAUCAAUGCCGGACCAGAAAUCGGUGUGGCCAGUACAAAGGCGUACACCAGUCAGUUUAUAUCAUUGGUGAUGUUUGGCCUUAUGAUGUGUGAUGACAGAAUCUCAAUGCAGGAAAGACGGAAAGAAAUCAUACAGGGUCUCAAACAUUUGCCAGAACAAAUUAAAGAGGUCCUUCAACUAGAUGAACAAAUUCACAAACUGGCUCAAGAACUUUAUACACAAAAAUCCCUGCUGGUGAUGGGUAGAGGAUACAACUUUGCCACAUGCCUUGAAGGAGCAUUGAAAAUCAAGGAGUUGACCUACAUGCACUCAGAAGGUAUAUUGGCCGGGGAGCUCAAACAUGGACCAUUGGCUUUAGUGGAUAAAGCCAUGCCUGUAAUGAUGGUUGUAACACGUGAUAAAGUCUACUCUAAAUGUAUGAAUGCUUUGCAGCAAGUUAAAGCAAGACAUGGUCGUCCAAUCUUAGUUUGUAAUUCUGGAGAUGACGAGACGUCCAAGUAUGGGUAUAAGUGCAUUGGGGUCCCCCAUACAGUUGACUGCCUUCAAGGAGUACUUACAGUGAUCCCAAUGCAACUGCUCUCAUUUCAUAUAGCUGUUCUCAGAGGAUAUGAUGUUGACUGCCCAAGAAACCUAGCAAAGAGUGUUACUGUGGAGUAAUCUCCCCUGCUUCAUGUAGAUCAGCCGCGCAGUUUACUUAAAGUUCACCUAAAUUAAAGAUGUUCAUACCAUUAGGGACAUGUAUAUACAUUUUAUAUAUAUAUACUACUACUGGACUUUCAUUAGUUUUCAUCAACCAAUCAUCUUUGUGGGACCAGGAAAUACAAUCACAUGACUUGCUUUGACCAAUCAGUGACUGCCUUUCAAAACACAGCUUAUAUUUACAACGCAGGCAGCAUCCUCUCAAGUGUUUUUACUUUUUAUUUUGUUUUAUGUUUAUUUAGUUAUUUGAAGAUGUGAAUCAGAAAUGUCUGUUAAAGUAUUGUUAAGCUUUAUAUUAAAGAUACAAUUUAUUUGUUAUAUUUGUUCUAUUUUACAGAAUGUUGUCAUAUUCUAUAUUUCUGGACAAGUAUCAAUAUAUAUUUUAUGUUAGAUUUUAGUUUGUCAUUAAAAAUUCAGUUUUUAUUUUCUUUGUUUAUUUUCUUUAAACCUUUAUACAUAUGCAAAGUAGCAUUUCCAAAUACUAAAUAUUUGAAAUUAUUUGAAAAUCACAGUUACUGUAGAAAAAUAUAUUUGUGUUCAAAAUGAUUGUCUUGGAUGCCAUUUAUCAAACAUUUUAGAAAUAAAUUGAAAUGGUUGUUGUCUAAUUGCUAAAUUAAGUAGAAGCAUUUUGAAUAACUACAUUUAAGUGUGUUUUAAAUAUGCAUGCUUCCAGAUGAGCACAAAUAUUUUUCAAGGUAAUCAAACUUGAGAAAAAGUACUAAGAUUUUAAGAAAAGUAAUAAGAUUUAAGGAAUAAUUUAGAUGUUAUGUGCAAUUAAUAAAUGAUUUUGCAUUAAUUAUUACUGUAUUUCUACUGCAUGACUAAAUGCAGUAAGGGCUUUUUUUUUCACAUAUUUUUUUUAUUUUGGUAAUUCACGGUGGAGUGCUGCUUUAAAUUAUUUUUACAUGAUGUCUACAUAUCAUUUGUUAGAAGUUUGGGCAUAUACUGUUUACAACUUGGUUCAUUUGUUUUAAGCUUAAUGAUUGAUAUAUGUUUGUUUUUUAAGAUUUCAUUUUCAAUCUUUUAAAUCAUUGGGUUCAAGUUUCAGACUACCUUUGUUUUAAUUAAAAUAAAUUGCUCAAAAACAUCAGUGUCACCACUACUUGGGGGAAAAAUAAGACUAUUUGGGGAAAAAUAACAGACUGUUUUAAAUUGAAGGCACCUCUACUCCAUAAUGUGUUUGCACCCAGCCAAACAGAGAAAAAUUAAACUUUGGAUUAUAUUUUGACAUAAUAUUAUACAAGCUGUCGUCUACUAUGUUUACAGUUCUAUUUCUGUUGCUUGCUUGUGUCUCUGAAAACUCCCACCUCGAAAUGUUACGGUUUUAAGUUUUAUAUGCUCAUUUAAAAAAAUUGAAUUACUAGUACAAAAUAUUGUUUUAGAUAUUAAACAAUCACAAGUUUGUUCAGUUAUGCAAGAACGAAUAAAGUACUUAUGCAGCUGAUUUUUUCUAUGAAUUUGUGUUAUGUUUUGUCAAAGAUAUUUUUCGUGUAUUUCUAGUCUUAACUUUGUUUCAAAAAUAUUUUGGCAGCAAAUAAAAAUAAUGCUGUAUAGGAUUGCUUCAGUCCUUCAGUAAUUAUCUGUCCUAAUCUAAUGAGUGUUAAUUUGGCAUAAAUAAUUUUAAAUUAUGAAUCAAAAAAUAAAUAGAAUAUGAAUUUUGAAGCAUUAUUUAAUUUGUCAUUAUUAAAGCACUUAAGCAAGCUGAAAGGUAACUUUGUUUUCACCAAGUUUGCCUUUUGAAUACUGGAUGAGGGGCCUUUACUUCUCCUUACGUGUAAAUUUCAAGACCAGUCUAAUUAUGCAGCAUCUGAUUGGUUGCUUGUUUGCUCAUGUUUGAAAUUGGCCAAUGACAGUGUUGCCAUCAUAGACUGGUUCAUAUUUUUUAACUUUUUAACCAUGGGAUGUAAAGAAUUUGACUAAAGUCUUAGAAAAUAUUUCUAACUGUUAUUUUUGUGAGUUUUUAAUGUUGUAUCUCAUAUUGACAUUGUAAAUAGUUUGUUAGUGAUGUAAUGUUGUUAAAUGAUAAAUGAUUGCUCUGUGUGUAUAUAUGAUACAGAUUAUAUAUAUACAUGUGAUAUCAUAUAUGUCAGAAGAUAUAUUUAUUAAACUUUUGCUCUAAUCUAUGCAAUUUCAUAAGUCAUUUUCUUUUUUAAUUAUUAAUAAAUAAUAUUGUCUCCAAAACCAGAACUAGUUGAGUUUCCUAUUUUUUGUCAAACCCUACAGUCUUGUGUGCUUUCCUUGGUGUAUUAUGGUAUUUAUGUUUCAUUAACCUAAAGAGGAUUGAUCUACAAUCGUAACAUUUUCCGUAAGGAUUUCAAAUAUGGAUAAAAACAAUAGGAAUAGUUCACUUGGAUAUUCCCAAAAAGUAAUGCUUGAAAUGAAAGUGAAAUGUUGAUUAAGAAAUAAUAUAUCCCAAACUGUGAUUUUAUUGCUCAAUAACAUCACUGUUUGGAGUUCGGAUGCGAGGAAUUAUAUCACGAGGGCGUAGCCCGAGUGAUAUAAUGAUGCGCAUCCGAACGACAAACAGUGAUGUUAUCAAGCAAUAAAAUCACCGAUUUGGAUAUAUUAUUUCGAUUCUAACACGACAUCAACAAAUAAAUGCUGCCGUACAUUAUAAUUAGCUUAAUUGCGCCUGAUUUGUUUCCGUACUUAUUGUCAGCGCGUCACAUUUUUAGUGGUUACGUCACGUGUAUAAUGAUUACGUCACAUGUCUAAAUAUAGAACGUCAAACAGUGAUUUUAUAGCAUAAUAACACACACUUUCGGUUCUUCUAUGUUCAAUAGGGAAAAAUGCGGGUCGUGUUAGAAUAAAGUUUAAUGUGAUUUUAUUAUGUUUAUUAUGAACAUUAAAUUUUAUAUGAUGAGCAAUAAUAUUUUGUUCUAGAACAACACUUUAUUUGUGAAAUCGGGUAAAGUAUCUCACUACAUAAUUUUUUCCUGGUUUGUUGUAAUUUCCACUACUAAAUACUAUCAACAUAAUUAUUUAUUGUUUUACAUACCCAAUAUUAUAGACCAAUUCACUUUAAGAUGAGUUUGACUAUGAUAAAAUGACAUACAAAACUUAAUUUGGAAACUGAAAAAUGAAAUGUAUCAAGUAGUAAGGAUAGACAAUAUUAAUGUCCUGAGAUAAAAAGGAAUUUGUGUCUCUUAUGGCAGGUCAUUGUAUAAACCCAUGGUAUAAUAUGUAUACAAUUUCCACUAUGUAUUAUGAAACAAAAUAUUAAAAGAAUUAUGGUUGUUAAACUCUCUUUAGUUAGUCAAUGCAUGCACUUUUUUAUCAUCAAUCUUUACUAAAUUUUAAUCUCUUAAAUUGGUAUGAGUUUGAACAUUAUUAAUCUCCUGACACAUAGCAGGGAGGGAAUUAAAGUUUUUAAAGUCACUUGAACUAAUGAUAAACAUUAUGAGAUAUUUGCGGAUCUCAAAAACCAGAUUGCUUCUUUCAAGGUUGUCUGGGGGUGUGGGGUUAAAAAUUAUACUAUGGCAGGGGAUAUAGCCAUCCUUAAAACUGCCUUGUUUCAUUUUCAAGUAAGUUGUUUUUGCAAUAAGAAAGAGAAUCUCUAAAUAAUGUGUCAUAUCUAUCUGAUCUGUUUUCACCAUCAUGUAAAUUUUAAAGAAUCUCAAAUAUUAAUAUCAGAUCUGUUUUUCAAUCUUGAUAAAAAAAACAAAAAACUUUUAUCAUUUUUAGGGAAAAUUCCAAAAUAAGUAGUAACUGAAUUUUUAACAGUGCAAUGAUCAGAUAGCAUAGAUCAUGGUCUGCAGUUGUUGCAUGGUGGUUGCAUGGUAUUUUCAGUUAGAGGCAUUCUAUUUAAUGUAUAAAUACAAAAUCAAUACAAAUUUAUCAGAAACUUUUUAAAGUCCUUAUUAAAUUUUGACUAUUAAUGUAAAUUAGUUUUAGUACCGUAGUCAAUUGCUAUGAAAAGCUUCUUUAAUGAACCAAAGAAUAAUUGGCAGAAGAGAAAUGCUUAAGUGAAAAUAAAACUUAUUUAAAUAUUAAAGUAUAAUUGUAGAUUUUGGCAUGAUUUUAUUUAUUGUUUUAGUUUAUCAUCUUAUAAUAACUAAUUUUUGGUGUUAGUUCUUAGUUCUUUAAUGAUGCAUAUAGUGAAUAACUCAUUGUUACAUGCAUAGAAUUUCUUCAUUCAUUUUAAAUUGAAUUAAUAUGGUUAUUUUAUAAGCCCUUACCUUGCUGGAACCAAAAGUGAUAAGCUUUUGCUACUAGUAUAAAGCCAGGCUGGCCUGCACUUCCAUGCAGUCUGCCCAGGCUCGUUUCUUUGGGAUGACUAGAUUUAAAAUUUCAUCUUUAUAUUCCAAAAAGUAAUAAUAAAUAGUUCAAUCAUGGAAGCUAGACAAGUAAGAAAUUCAGCAGGUUAAGGAUUAUUCAUUCUGGGACAUUUCUCAAGGUACAGUCAAACUUCGUGUCUAAUGAUCACAAUGUUACAAUGCAUGUUAUCUGACAAUACAGGCUAUAUACAACAAUCCUAGUUAAAGGUGUAAUUUUUGUGUGGCUUAGUUUAACAUUUAGGACUUUUUUUGCAUUUGUUGGCUUUUAAUCCAAUUAAAAAAUAAUGGUCUUCUGAACUAGUUUGACUGUUUUUUUUUUCAAAUCUAAAAGUUGUGGCAUUAUAAGCAUAGGUGGCAUUUAAAGUCAGUGCUCAAAUUAGAUGUUUACAUGUCAUAAGUUUUGUUUCUAUAGAUUAUAUAUACAUUUGAUACCUAUACAAACAAUAAACUUUUUUUUUUAUUCAAUGUGUGCCUUCUUUUUAAAGGAUGUUGCACAAUUAUGGCCAAAGGUUGAAAGUAAUCAUUAGUGAAUUUCAUAUUUACAUAAUGAAACUAUAUAAAAAGACUUAAAAUUUGUCACACUGAGGCACUCCUUCAUAAAAAAAUAAGUUAACUCAAUGUACCUAAUGAACCUUCAUUUUGUGCUAUAGACUCGCAGUGCAGUUUUAAUUUUAGAGGUUUUAACCUACCUUUUAAACUAUCAAAAUUUAGCAGAUCACUACUAUAAAUAAGCUGCAACUUCCUGUCGAUAGCUUACAAUAAAUACAUGUAUGCCAUUUAUAGCAUUUUGCUUACAUUAUUAUUUAUGUAUUUAAACAUACAUGUAUUAAGCGAAGUUCUUUUCUUGAAAAGAAUUUUGUAUACAUAUAAUUCAACAAAGGAUUAUCUAAAAAAAAUCUGUAUUAUCAUUAAAGGGACUCCACUUGUUCCAUUUGAUGUAGGUCAAGCCCAAUAACUUAUAUGCAAAAUUUCUGAUCAUUCGCUCGUUUUUUCCAGAAAAAUUAUUCUAAUUAUGAAAAAAUGAUCCGGAAAUCGGGCUAAAAAUAGGACAAAAAUACAAUUUUCCAUUUAUUUUUCAGAGUAUAUUUGCACAUACUUCUGUUUUAUGUGCCCUAGCUGAUGUAUAUAAGAAAUUCAAAUUUUAUGUUUUAUGCUUAAGGACAUCAGUCGAGUUCCUUUAAAAAGAGAAUGAAAUGCGGUAUCUUAAUGGUAUAGAUUUCACUUUUAAACUUUAACUGGUGUUAGUGUUUGUAUUAUUAUGUUGGUUAUUUUAAAAUACAGGUUUGAUAAGUUCUGGGACAUAAUGUAAUGGGAAAUAAAUUACUGUAUAUAAGUUCCAAUAGGUCUUUUCCAUCAAUGAGGCGCGCACACCACCAAUUUGUUGUUGAUCAUUGUGAAUGAGUAUUUUUGGGUCUGUAGCAAAUGGUGUAAAGAAGAGAAUUAUAAGCUCAUUGGUGUAAAAUUUAAACAUGUCCUUUUACAUGCCUGUCUGGUCUUAAAAUAUGUUGUUAUGAAAAUUUAUAUAUGUAAUUAUUUAUAAUUAAUUGCAUAAUAUGUGAUCAAAAUACGGUACACUAUAAUUGAUGGAUCAACUAUCAAUAAUGGACGCCAACAUUAGAUUCCUUAUGAAGUCAUCUAGUUGGUUGUUGCUUGUCCCAUUAUAUUAAUUGAGCUGUGUCACGACAAAACCAGCAUAGUGUUUUUUGCGACCAGCAUGGAUCCAGACCAGCCUGCACAUCCGCACAGUCUGAUCUGGAUCCAUGCUGUUCGCUUACAAACUCUAUUACAAGUAGAGGAACUGAUAGCGAACAGCAUGGAUCCUGAUCAGACUGCGCGGAUGCACAGGCUGAUCUGGAUCCAUGCUGGUCGCAAAACCAUUAUGUUGGUUUUUGUCAUGACGCUGCUCUUAUGUCCCAUUGUAUUAUGUCCCAGAUUAGUUUCAGCGCUUCAUAGAGCAUUCUAAAUGUAUUGUUUGAAGUUGUUCAGUAUUUAUAUUUUGCUAGCUGUUGUUUACAUCAUGUGGAAUUGAAACAAUAAAGAAAUAUUGUACAAUCAAAUCAAAUACACUUAUGAAUAUUU